CUUCCGUAAUAAUAAAACAAAUGUUAGCUUAUGAUGCUCUGACCAUCUGCGUUUUUGGAGCUAAAAUCGUUCAUUUUAAUUAAAUUUGAAUAAACAUUUUUUAUUCGGGAGCGGGCCGAGGACUAUCGGGGCGAUGGUGGCCGGUGCCAUGGAGCCGGCGGUGAAGCCCGGGUCUAGUCAGGUCGCUGAUGUCGUGUUUGUGAUUGAGGGAACAGCGAAUCUCGGGCCGUACUUCGAGUCGCUCAUGAAGAACUACAUCCUCCCCGCCAUCGAGUAUUUCAAUGGUGGGCCUCCUGCAGAAACAGAUUUUGGUGGAGAUUACGGUGGGACACAGUAUGGCCUGGUGGUCUUCAACACCGUGGACUGUGCUCCAGAGUCUUACGUCCAGUGUCACGCUCCGACCAGCUCCGCCUUCGAGUUUGUCUCAUGGAUCAAGAGCAUCCAGUUCAUGGGAGGAGGAGCAGAGAGCUGCAGUCUGAUCGCAGAGGGCCUGUCUGUCGCUCUGCAGCUGUUUGACGACUUUAAGAAGAUGAGAGAGCAGAUAGGUCAGACUCACAAAGUUUGCGUGCUUUUGUGUAACUCUCCUCCGUAUCUGCUCCCGGCCGUGGAGAGCGUCAGUUACACCGGACACACUGCGGACAGCCUCGUCAAGAUCAUUAGAGAUAAAGGGAUCCAUUUUUCUGUGGUGGCCCCCAGGAAGCUGCCAGCUCUGAGGGCGCUGUUUGACCGAGCGUCUCCAGUGGGGGGCGCAGUGGAGCCUCUUCAGGACUACAGCCAGGAGGUCUUCCACAUGGUGCUGGUCAGAGGCAUCUCACUGCCAGUUUCCUCUGUGGGUGGAUCAGGAGGCCACAAACCUGUGCAGCCUCCACAGCCUCUGCCCGUCCAGUCCAUGGGAACAGCCCCUCAGGCCCCUUCACACAUGGGCUCCAACCACCCCUACCAGAACGCUCACAUGGCCGCACAGAUGGUGGUGGAAGUUGCAACCAACCAGAAGCGCUUUCAGAGCUCUCCUUUCGGGAACCAGCCCUCCAUCUCGAGCGUGAAGCUAAACCAGCCCAGCAUCUCCACGGUAACCACGGGCCCCUCCUCCAUGAUGUCACAGGCCCAGGUGCAACCGAACCAGCAGCCGCAGAUCCCGCCCCAAGGACAGUCUGUGGCCAAUCAGCAGCAAGCUCCUCCACAACAGCAGCAGCAGGCGCCAAACCAGGCCGCCACCGCCGCGGGGCAGCCCAACAUGUCUGGAGUUUCUGGAGCUCAGGGAAAUGCCAACGCAAUCGGACAGCCCCAAGGACCCAACAAAGUGGUGGCCUGGACCGGAGUCCUGGAGUGGCAAGAGAAACCCAAAGCCACGACCAUGGACCAGAACACCAAACUGACCCGUUCUCUCCCGUGUCAAGUCCACGUCAACCAGGGAGAAAACCUGAACACGGAGCAGUGGCCACAGAAGCUCAUAAUGCAGCUCAUCCCACAGGCUUUACUGACGACUCUGGGUCCUCUAUUCAGAAACUCGAGGAUGGUGCAGUUUCUUUUCACCCACAAAGACAUGGAGUCCCUCAAAGGCCUGUACCGCAUCAUGGGCAACGGAUUUGCGGGCUGCGUGCACUUCCCCCACACCACGUCGCCGUGCGAGGUGAGGGUCCUGAUGCUGCUCUACUCGUCCAAAAAGAGGAUCUUCAUGGGCCUCAUCCCCAACGACCAGAGCGGCUUCGUCAACGGCAUCCGCCAAGUCAUCACCAACCACAAGCAGGUCCAGCAGCACCGCGCGCAGCAGAUGGGAGCCGGUGGGGGUCCCAUGCAGCCGGGACAGGUGCCUCAGACACAGAACUUCAUGAACCGAGCUCCAGGACCCGGGAUCCCUGUCUCCCACGGCAACGUCCAGCAACAGUCUGUGGUGGUGGGGAUGCCCAGUGUGAGUCAGGUGGCUCUGAUGGAGGAGCAGCAGAGGCAAAACAACAUGAUGGCAAUGCGAGCAGCGGGACCAGCCAAUCAGCAGCCUCCGGUCAGUGGAGCCCCGCCCACUCAGGGAGGCCAGGCCCAAUCACAGGGACAGAUUCUGCGCCUGGCAAACCCGGGAGCCAAUCCACAGCUGCGCAGCCUCCUGCUCAGCCAACAGCAGCCGCAGCCCGGUAUGUCCCACAUGUCCGGUAUGAUGUCCCACCAGGGCAUGGGGCAGCAGAUGGUCCACCCCACGCCAGGAGGGGGCGCUCAGAUGCAGGGCCAGUGGAGGCAGCCUUUAGGAGGUCAGAUGAUGAUGUCUGGGCAGAGAGGAGCCGUGCCUCAGCCCGGGAUGCCUCAGGUCUCCAGCGUGAUGGAGGAUGAGAUUCUGAUGGACCUCAUUUAAACACAAACACUGUCUUCAUCUGUGGAUCAGAGCCGAGGCAGGAAACAGGAAACAGGAAACAGGAGCGGGACAGGGUGGAAACUCAAGAUUAUGGACGAUAAAAGUUGCAUUUUUUUCUUAUUUUUCAACUGGCUUUCUUGCAAAUGAAGUGUGAACUAAAGCAGUAUUAUGUAACUUUUCUGGUGGAGGAGGGUCCAUUACCUCCUUUGCCUCAUGGAGAUGUUAUUACUGUGUCUGGAAUGUCCCACAGUAUGGCAUUAAACUCACCCAAUUUGCAUUUAUUCAACUACAGUGUUGUUAUAGCUCAAUAAAUUAGAAAACAUCUAUUCUUACUCGCCUUUCCACAGAACUCACCUGCUUGUUUCCAUGGAGACGUUGCUUUUUUACUUGUGUAUCUCCAUGGAAACGAGUAAGCGAGGCCACCAUGUUCAUUUACAUGUCAGAUCUGUAGAGAGGCGAGCCAACUCACGGUAAAAAUUGCGUUUUUAACUGGCAUUUUUUAAGCAAUAAAAACACCUCUAGUUGAAUAAACGCAACAUGGUUUUAAUGCUGUAGUGUGGAACAUUUCAUGCAAAGCUAUAUCAAAAAUGUGGUGAACGCUCAACCAGAAAAGCUGCACGGUGUAGCUUUAAUACGGCUGACUUUGUAUUCCCACAGCAGCAGAACGGAGAAGCGAUUAUUUUGUAUAGAAGCUCGCAGAAAUACAUUCACAUCAUGUUUCACACUCCCUGUUUUGAUUUAAUUGUUGUAAAUACUUUGAAAUGUCUCUCGUUAUUAUUCCACUCCUGUUUCCCGUCUCAGUUUGGACACGUACCUGCUCCGAUUCCGCCGUUUUGGGCUUUUUUUUCUUUUUCUUUUUUCUUUUUUUUUUUUUUUUUUGUGCUGUUUCUUUCCAAUUUCUUGCUGCUGAAAUGUUGGCCAUAAUUAAGAAACAAAUCAUGCGCGAGGCCGGUUCUGCUGGAGUUAAUUGGGAGCAGACUGUCCCAGCGUCUCUACACACCGGAUUAUUAUGGUACACUUUUGCUGAGACUGUAAACGCCGAUGGACCAAAACAAUACGACCACUGACGAGUCAAUAAUGCAGAUUUUCUACUCGUAAAGAUAACCCAGUUUGAGUCUUUAUUUAUUUUAUCUUUUGAAUUACUACACAAAAAUUGGUUAAAGGUGCGUCCGUCAAAAGCUUUGUCUGGAAUGUUUCACAGUAUGGCAUUAUUAUGUCGUCAUGGAGACCAAACCAGACCAAGUUACAGCUCAGAUCUGUGGAGAGGCCCCACCGCUCAAAGUCAGAAUCCAUGUUUUUCGUAAGAAUAUUUGAGCUAUAAAAGCACCUGUAAUUGAAUAAAUGUAAUGUAGAGCUGUUUAAUGUAACACUGUGGAACAUUCCAGGCAAAGCAAUGGCGUAUCCAUAGAAACAAGCAGGUGACGAUACCCUGAUGCAUCAACGUGAAGUAAAGAAAAAGCGUCGUGAGUUUUUGUUAUAAUUUUAGGUCUAAUUUAAGCUUUGUCUGUCAAUUCUGUUUUUUUUUACUCUUUAAAGGUGCAUUAUGUAACUUUUUGGUCGGGGAUAUGUCACUGCUCUGCCUGGAAUGUUCCACAGUAUGACAUUAAACAGCUCUACUUUACAUUUGUUCAAUUACAGCCGGUUUUGUCGCUCAAAAAUACCCGGAAAAACAGGCAUUCUGACUGUGAGCGGGGUCGCCUCUCCACAGAUCUGGCUUGUAACUUGUAGGGGUGUAACAGUAACCAAAAUAUUGCGAUAUCGAAUCGUCAAAAGGCUUUCAAUAAUCAUCGUGGGCCAUCACAAUAUAUCGAAUCACAAGUUUCUUUGCUUAAAUGAAGAGUUAUGGUGCAGCAAUAGCUAAAAAGCAGAGGGGACUACAUAGACCAUGAUCCUUUGCUGCGUUUUGGUGCAAACUACAUAAAGAAAUAACAGUUCUAAGCAAUUUUAAGUCUUAGUUUUUUGGAUUAAGUCUUGUCAAGGCAGUUUAAGAGGAAAAAGUAGCAUAUUCAGUUUUUUUAGCCUCCACAAAAUAUUACAAUAAAUACCGUACGGUGAGAUUUAUAUCGUGAAAAUAUCGUACGGUGAGAUUUGGAUAUCGUUACAUCCUUAGUAACUUUGUGUGGUUUGGUCUCCGUGAAGAUAGAAAGGUUUAAUGCCAUACUGUGAAACAUUCCAGACCAAGCAAUAACAUCUCCUUGAAGAAAAGCAUUUCACGAACUCUCCACCAGAAAAGUUACACCUUUAAUGCACCUUUUAAAGCGGGUUGCCAUGGUUACCAAGUCCCGCCCCCGAACAACAUGCUUCCAAAGUUUUUAGAGCGUCCCACGAAAUAUGUUGUGUUCAUGUUUGAAUCUGAUUAUGUCAUAAUUUCAUUUGUGUAACUCUGUGGGAGAUGAUACUUUUUUGGUUUAAAUUAUCUCAAGUUACUUCAUCCAUCUACAUUACUGGCCCGGUUUUGAAUGACACGGCGACUCAUUUCAAGCCAAAUUAUUUACAAUUUGGUGUGAAAAUCGCACUCACUCCAUGGCAGAUUUAUUUUAUUUCAAGCUUAAAUGAACACAAAUGCCACAAAAAGUGAAAAUAAUCAGGUCAUUUAAAAAAGUAAAUCCACCCUGAGAAUCUUAAGUUAAAAUCAUCUGAAUCCAGGUCAUUAUACUACUUUUUUUUGCAAUGAAGGAACAGUUUUAACAUGUUUUAGUUCUUUUACAGUCUGUAUUAAACAAGUGGUCUUGUUGUUUUGCUUGAUUGUCAUGCUAUAAAAGUUUGAAUUAUUCCCAUAUUUUUUAGUUUUUGUUAUUUUCUUACGAUGAUGUACAAAUAAAAUGAUGUAGUAAUGUUGA